ACAUAUGACGACGCUAAAGAGAGCGAUGAUUACAAACAAGUUCACACGGAAGGAGAAUAUACUUUGAAAAUGCCGUUGAUUAAAAUUGCGCAUGGUCGAAGUGGAGACAAGGGCGAUACUUGUAAUAUAGGUAAGGAAGAGACGUGUUUUGGCAUCAUUGCACGACAUCCGAAAUAUUAUGGAUUUCUGAAGAGAGUGUUGACCGAAGAGACUGUGCGAGCGUAUAUGUCACAUGUAUGCAAGGGUAUCGUUAAGCGUUAUGUCGUGCCAGGAUGCUACGCACUGAAUUUUGUGUUCACAAAAAGUCUGGGUGGUGGUGGAUUGAGCUCUUUACGUGUGGAUAGACAGGGAAAGACAUUUGCUCAAAUGUUGUUGAGUUAUGAAGUUGAAGUACCGAAUGAUAAUCUUCCUCUGCUCCUGGCCGGAGUAUUUUUUGAUAAUUAG